CGGCUCAUGAAAUGAAGAAGAGAGUGUUUGUUCACUUUGGUCGGCUCCGUCUUUCCUCUUUCUCUCUCUUUCUUUUCUUUUUCACUAUUCUCGAGUUUUUUUCAUCACCAAGAAAACCUCUCACCUCCACCUUCUCAUUCCUUCAAGCCGAUGACUGCCUCAAAGUCAGGAGCUUCCCAAAAUAAGAGCACCUCCAAACCUCAGCCGAUCGUACUCACAGCGCUCGAUGGUUUCCUCCUCAGUGGAACUCUCUACCUCCCUCCAGGACCGAUCAACACUUCCCCGCCCCCUGCGGCUCCACCUUCCAAUGACAAUUCCGAUCUCACUGCCACUGCAGCCCACAAGGCGCAGGUCAAUGCCCUGACAAAGGUCGUUAUCAUCAGUUCCGCCACGGCGACGAUCCAGGAUUAUUAUUACAAAUUCGCACUCUAUCUUUCCCAGGAACUCGGUAUGAUCGUCGUCACAUACGACAACCGAGGCGUGGGUCGAUCCAUGCCUGACAGCGAGCAACUUCAGUUCUUAAAAGCAGCAACCGACAAUGGCGCACUUCCUCCAAGCAGUGCCUCAUCGCCGCCUCUGCCACCAAAGUCCGCUAGCAUGUCUUCGGAUCGGGAUUCUGACGGCGCAAAGAAGAAGAAGGACAAGAAGAACCCGUUGAUCGGAUUCGAGGCAACACUCGUCGACUGGGCAAUGAAGGAUUUGCCGGGCGUCUUCAACUAUGUACUCACCCGUUUCCCACACAACCCCACCUUGUACGUGGGCCAUUCUGUCGGAGGGCACCUUUUACCCGCCAUCGAUGCCUACUAUACUCGCAACCUGGAGCGGGUUCUUUUCGUCAGCGUCACCUCCGCGUACUGGCGCACCAUGAAUAGCCCAUUGUUCAUCUACUGGUUCUUCUACAUUGCCUCACCGAUUGUCAAUGCCCGAUACGGAUAUUACCCAGGCAAGACACUGUGGGGCUCUAUGGAGGAUCUGCCCAAGGGAUGUCUCGAGGACUGGGCACAUUGGGGCUCCUUCGAGAACUACAUGCUGGGCGGCAACCCCGAGUGGAAGCCCAACUAUGAUCUAUUUAAAGUGCCUUUAUAUUCACUCUAUUUUACGGAUGACGACUUUUCAUCGACCUCGGCUCCACGGAUCAUGGAUCUGAUUCCCAACACACUGAGGCGGUGCGUUGGUGUUGACCCCGUCGCGGACCUGAACAUGAAAAAGGUCGCCCACAUGGGGUUUUUCUUCAACCAAUGCAAGGAGAAGCUAUGGAAGACGGCAGUACGUGCGUGGUUUGUCGAUGGCCAUGCGUUGGACCGCGAUGCUAUUCGAGAGCAGGCGACGCUCCAGAGCAGUUAUGCACGCCUUUAGGUUCAGAUCCCCGUCUUGGAAUAAAAUUUUUUUGACGUGCAU